UUGCUGAAUCAUAUUAAUGUCUUGCUGAAAGUUGAGGUUUGCUUUAUUUCAUUUACUGAUUACAACGAGUGCAUUCUUUUACUCUAUUUCAUGUACAAGUCAGAUGGACUACAAGUCGGAUGACGAGUCUGAUAUUAGUGAAUCGGAAAUCAAUGAUUAUGCUGACAAACAAUAUAAGCAAUUGAGGGCAGGAAUGUACAAAGUAAAGGGUCCGAAUGGUACUCUUAGGUGCCCCUUUUGUGCUGGGAAGAAGAAGCAAAACUACAAGUUUAAAGAUCUUCUACAGCAUGCCUCGGGAGUUUCCAAAGGUUCAGCUAAUAGAAGUGCAAAACAAAAGGCAAACCACCUUGCCUUGACAAAUUAUUUACAGGAUGAACUAGCAAAUGAAGUAGAUCAUAUCCAGCAACUUGUUAUCCCAAGGCCAGCUCAACAACACGAUAAAGAAGCUGAACAGUAUGUAUGGCCAUGGACUGGCAUUAUUGUUAACAUUGUCAAGAAGGGUAAGGGUACCUUCCCUGAUUCCAAUUAUUGGUUGGCAAAGUUUGCCACAUAUAGACCUUCUAAAGCUCAAACUUUUUGGAAUGGGAAGAACCCUACUGCUGAGGUUAUUAUAGGGUUCAAUGACGACUGGACUGGUUAUAAGAACAUGAAUGAAUUUGAAAAAAUGUUUGAGAAGAAUGGUUUUAGUAAAAGACAUUGGAUAAAUGCAUCAGGAAUGCAUUGUGGCUUAAAUAUCUUCGGCUGGUGUGCUCGUGCAGAUGAUUAUAAUUCUGAGGGGCCAAUAGGGGAGUACCUUCGGAAGAAUGGAAAGCUGAAAACUGUUUCUGACAUUGUCAGUGAAGCAACUCAGAAUAAAAUGAAUGUUCUGGCACACCUUAGUAAUGAAAAUGAUAUGGUAACUGAGGACCUGGCUGAACUAGAAUACAAGUACAAUGAAACAACCAUGUCUUUAAGUAGGGUAAUUGAUGAGAUGAAGAAGGCUGAGCAAGAUUUUGAUGAAGAAAGAAAGAAGUUGCAGGAUGCUGCACGUGAUCAAUUCCAAAGAUUUAUGGAUGAAAAAGAGAAAAUGAGUAAUGACUUGGAAAGAAAGAAAAAGGAACUUGAUUCUUGGAGCAAGGAAAUAAACAAACGCGAAGCAUUAACUGAAUUUGAAAGGGAAAGACUUGAGGAGGAGAAAAAGAAGAAUAACCUGAAAAACAAAUCACUCGAGUUGGCUUCAAUGGAGGAAAAAAGGGCUGAUGAGAAUGUCUGUAGGCUGGUUGAAGAGCAGAAGAGGGAGAAAGAGGAAGCAUUGAAUAAAAUACUUCAGUUAGAAAGGGAUUUGGAGGCUAAGCAGAGAUUGGAAAUGGAAAUUGAAGAGUUGAGAGGGAAGUUAAAGGUGAUGAAGCAUCUAGAAAAUGAAGAUGAUGAAUCGGUUCAGAAGAAGAUGAAAGAAAUGAAUGAUGAAUUACAGGAAAAAGUGGAUGAUUUGGAUGAUUUGGAAUCUUUAAAUCAAACUCUUUUGACAAAAGAGCGUGAGACCAAUGAUGAGUUACAAGAAGCUCGCAAAGCAUUACUUGAGGGAUUGCCUGAGUUGUUGACUGGUCGAAGUAACAUCGGGAUAAAAAGAAUGGGAGAUCUUGAUCAAAAGCCUUUCUUCGACAUUUGCAAGCAACGAUUUCCAUUCGAGGAAGCGCAAGUGCAGGCCUCCACCCUUUGCUCCUUGUGGCAAGAAAAAUUGAAAAAUCCAAGUUGGCAUCCAUUCAAGGUGGUGACUAGUAAUGAGAAUCAUGAGGAAAUUACAGACGACGAUGAUGAGAACCUAAGAAAUCUCAAGGAGGAGUGGGGAGCAGAGAUAUAUGGGACAGUUGUUACAGCCUUGAAAGAAAUGAAUGAGUAUAAUCCAAGUGGAAGAUAUACUAUUCCUGAACUUUGGAAUUUCAAAGAAGGAAGAAAAGCCACCCUUAAAGAAGUUGUUGCUUUCUCCCUCGUGAAUAUGAAAAAACUUAAGCGAAAGAGAGCACGGUAAAGGUCAAGGCCUGUAGUUAUAAAUAAUUUAAGUAAUGCAAGUGUUUGUUUGGGGGAACCAUAGGAUAACCCAUUUACUAAUUUAAUGUGUUUGACUAGCUAUAAGUUUUGAAGUUUCAUUAAACUAAUAGUGUCGUGUUUAAACUGGAAUCCUUGUCCUAACUGG